UUCCGAUAUAACCUAACAUUUUUAAAGUUGAUAUGAGCAGAUUCAGAAAGGUUUUUGGACCCUUAUACGAUACGUUUAAUAAAAUUUCUACCAGGAAUGGGGAAACAUUCGGAGUGGCGAAAACUUGCAAAGAAGGCUCAAAGACAACGCAAACGACGUAUAGCAGCCAUUUUACGAUCAGAAUUAGAAUCAGAAGAACAAUUACAAAGAGAAAAAUCACCAUCUUAUCAAAACUUUCUGCAAGAACAGCAACAGUUGGAGGAAUUCCAAGCAGCAGAAGAACUUAGAAUCUCGAAAGAACAAGAAGCACUUUAUCAGAAAAGAGAAAAGGAAGCACAGGAAAAAUGGCGUAUGUUACAACAAAAACUACAAAUUGCACAAGCUGCACGAACAGCACAAAAUAUCAAAAUCAGAGAGGAAUGGGAAGCAGAACAAAAAAGAUUACAGGCUUUAAAGGAAGAAAAAGCUAGGCAAGAGGAAUUACGAAUAUUACAAGAACAAAAACUCCAGCAGAAAAUUGAUGAAUUUAUAAACAACAAUGGAGAGAUGCCAGACGAAUUGAAUCAAUGUUUAGAAACAAAUCCAGGAAAGAUUGUUUGUCCAUUCUUUACCAGAACAGGCGCAUGCAGAUUUGGUGAUAUGUGCUCCAGGAAUCACAUCAGACCAACAAUUAGUAAUAUCUUACUCUUUAAGAAUUUUUAUUCUCACUAUAGUUUGGACACAAAAGAGAAUGAGCAUGGUGAUGCAUCACUGGAGUUUGAGAAUCAAGAGAUCUACAAACACUUUCAGGCUUUCUUCAAUGAUGUUGUGCCAGAACUGGAAAAUUUCGGCACCAUAAGUCAGUUUAAAGUCUGUUGUAAUAAAGAACAACAUUUAAGGGGGAAUGUGUAUGUGGGUUAUUCGAGUUGUCGUGAGGCUAUGCGCAGUUAUCGUAGAUUUCACGGACGGUUUUAUGCUGGCAAACAAUUGAAUGUUGAGUUUUGCACGAUCGAAUCGUGGAAGUCGGCGAUAUGUGGACUAUUCUUUGGGAAGCGAUGUCCGAAGGGUAGUGUUUGUAAUUUUUUACAUGUCUUUCGUAAUCCGGGAAAUUUGUAUUCCAAAAUGGACGUACAACACUCGCAAAGAACUGAAAAAGUUGAUAAACAUGAUGAUUGGAAUUCCAGCGAGAGGAGUAAUUGGCGAUGGUCUUCAUCACCAGAAGUAAUCAAAAAAGAUAUUGAUAAAAAUCGUCACAAAUUCCACAAAAGAAAAAGAAGCCGAAGUCGCAGUAAAGUGAAAACACGAGAAAAAAGUAGAAGUAAGAGCAGGAGACAUAGAAGUACUAGUCGAAAAUCAUCUAGUUCCCGUAGUAGUUCUAGACGUCGAUGAAAAUAUAUAAAUUUCAAACAUAAAACAAUAAU